AAAUUCAUAAUUGGGGGGUCUCCAGCUCUGCCUGUGUCACAUGGAAGCACAGUAGCUGAGCCGAGGGGAUGCGAGUAGAGAUGGAGGGGGCUUGAGGGACCGUGGAGGAGAAAAAGCUGCCACUUGGAGAUAUUAUUGGAGAUAACAGCUGCAGCAGAGGCGGCGGCGGCGGCGGGGCAACAGAUAGGCAACACUUCCCAGCCUCCCUUCGGGCUGGGGAGCAGAGGAGCGCGGAGCAGGGCGCACAAGGGGGUCAGCGGGCGCUCAAAAGGAUGCCACAUGCAAUAUGCUGCAUUCCCGUCCUGUGAAGCCCAGGAACAGCCGAGGUAUUCGCCGUUGAUCGAUUAUGCUGGCGGGGAGCGCCUGGUCCGAGGGGAAACUGAAGGAAGCGACCGGGGUUGACGCUGCGCCUCCCCAAAGCUGAAUCCCAGUGAGACCGUGGCUCUUCCCUGCGUGCAUGAGUGUAAGGGUGUGAGUGUGAGUGUGUGAGAGCAAGUGAGCGUCAGCGCUCCCACAUGGCCUCCAUGCAGGACGGGCUGAACUUCACGGCUCCUCCCUACGGCAAGGUCCUGCUGCUGGGUGCUAUCGCUGCUGCCUCAGCCUUUGUUGUUACGAUCCUCAUUGUGGUGCUCUGCGUGGGCUGCCAGAGGAAGGGGAAGACACACAAUGUCCCCGGCGAGGGCGGAAAACACCGACUCAUGGACAUGGGUAUACUCAGGCAGUCGAAGCUGCGGUCCAUCAGUAAAUCAGAUACUGAGAUGAACAAGAUGAACUGCAAUGGCAAAAGCAGGCAGCUUCCCCAGAUCCCCUCUGGGACUGGAGAGGACGGCGAGCACACUUAUUCUGAAGUGGGCCGGCGCUCCUCCACCACACGUACUGACGAUGCCCUCUACGCCAUGGUAGGCAGGGCCGGGCAGACGGACACUCCGGCCCCUCCGGCCGUCCCUGCCAACACCCCGGCCCCCCCAGACCCAGACGGGGACGUGGAAGGAGGGCUGCCCGAACCCGAGGCCCAGGUCAUGUCUCCACCUCACCCGCCGGAGACGGCCGAGUACGCCUGCGUCAGGAAGCUGAGGAAGGCCGACAAGGCGCCUCAGAAGAGGGACAGCGGGACGGACAUGGGGGAACCGCCGGCACCGCCUCCACGACACGCCCCGCCAUCACACCCAGCCCCUCAUCCACCACACCCGCACAGCACAAAGUUGCCCCGCAGAAACGUUGAGGCCUUUAAUGUCCCGUCAUUCCCAAAGGAGGUGAUGUUUAUGGGAAACGGAGAGCAGUACAUCUGGAAGCCUCCAGAGGACGACGACAUGCUCAUGCUCCAAAAUAAAGCUCUGGCCCCACUGGGUGCCCACACGGUGGAGAAUAUACAACCGUCUGCUGCAGCGGUGGCUGAGAUGUACUCGAAGGUGUGUAAACCAGGAAAGAAGAAGAGAGCGGUGCCGGGUUCUCCACCAGGCAACCCCGGCUUCCGGACCUUGGGUCGUGGUGACCGGGACCGAGACCGGGACGGGGGGUUUAGUGUAGUGGUCAAACCCCAGACAUGGGCCCCUCAGGAGGGCAAAGCCGUGGGAGGGCCCCUCGACGACCACUGCUACGAGUCCAUCGGGACGGAGGAGUGCGAUCCGGCCUAUGAGAACCUGGAAGGAGGCGGCUGGAAGCGAGAGCGGCCCCCCAACACUUGUGCCACCCUGCGGCCGAGGAGGAAGAAAGCCCAGCAGCCCUUGCAGCAGCAGCAGCCCCCUCCGCCGCCGCCGACGCAGCAGACCCCCAAGCUGCAGCACCUGCCUGCCAAAGCCCUGCUGCUGCCGGGGGAGAACCUGUACGAGAGCAUCGGUGACCUGAAGCAGGGCUCUGCCACCUCCAGCACCACCACCAUCUUCACUUUCAACGAUGGCAUGGAGAUGUAUGUAACAGGGCUCUGAGGCGGCUGCACUGUGACCCCCCUGACCUUCCAACACAAGGAGCUGAGCUACACCACGAGGAGUGACGGCUGAGCCCCUGUCAUGCUCACCCACACAUACUGUUUACAUUCAAGUCAUAACAUUAGGCCUGUCACAGGCUCCAGAGGCCUUGGGGCAGUAAUGUUGAUCUGUUAUGACCUGGGCUGAAUACAAAGUCCAAUCUAUAAACCUUAUAAGGAAUCCAAAGGUAGUGAAUAAUAAAUGAGCACAAGACCAUUGCAGAGCAAUCUGUAGGUGACAGUAGCACUUCUAUUUUACCGAUACAUAUGUGCAAAGCACAAUAAAGUGAAAAGCCUAAAUUCUUCCUCAAUUCUAGCGGGUAAAAAUAGUCAUAUAUUUGGUCCGAGCAGGACUCUUAUUUGGGGAAAAGGCACAGCAUUGUGUGAAAUAUUUUGGUAGCACUUAGUCUGUCAUGAGCAGGCCUUCCCUGUAGUUGGUCAAGAUGUGAUUCAGGACGAGAUUUAAAUGAUAUAAAGGAAUGAAUUACUAAUCAAAAUACUUGAAAGCUCAGGGACCAAGAGAAACAAUUAUGAGAGUAUUAUAAGAGCAAAUUGCACACAUUUUGCAUUCCUCCUAAAAGCUUCGACUAAUUUAGACCAUUUUUACAUUAAAAAGCCGACCAGAUACUUCCCUCCAUCAUGUUUUGUUUCACCUCACAUGGACUGAACACUGUCUCCCCUGCCGUCUGUAAAUGAAGUGUUUUACUUUGUUGAUCCUGUUUCUGCACUUUGCCUGCUACAAGUUGCAUGCUUAAAAAAGUGAAAAAAAAAAAAAAAAAUCAAGCACUGUCAUGUGGUACCUCUAUAUGAAUGUUUUUUUUUUUCCUUUCUAUUGUCGUGGGUUGUUUAUUUUCUAGUGUGUUGCUUUAUUUCUCUGUAGAGCUCAAAGCCAGUUAAAGUAAGGAUGUCUUUGGCUCGGUGGGACUCCGUGCAGCAGAGAGGAGCAUUCAUUUUCUCUCCUGCGCCUGCGACACACUCACACAGUACAGAUGAAACAAGACUAAAGAGAACUGCUCGAGUCCUAAAGGUGGAGACAGUCCACUCGACCUCCCCUCCUUCCUCCCCUCGUCGUCCCACAGCUCCCCCUCCGUCUGCUCAGUCCUCGCUCAUAUCUGUGGACUGUUCAUCUACAUGGUUCCCUGCCUUGUGGUCAUAUGAAUCUGCUUGGGUUUCAUCAUAGUGCAGCGUGGAAAAGCUACAGUAGAACUGAUGUGUAUUAGCAAACGUCAUGUCUCAUCGUCACUCCAUCGAUGAACACUCUCUGUUAUCAGUGUUGAAAAUAUUGCAGAAACGACAAAAAUUGUGAAGCAAACGGUUCGCUAAGCAGCAGAGCAUCACCCUGAGGACAACACACACAAAUCACAUCCAAAUCCUGAACAAUAGCAACGAUCUCAUUUGACCAAAUAUCCCCAGCAAACAAUGUGAUUAUACUGUAUGUUGAUGCAAUGUGUAUGUACAUGACAAAAGAGAAAGAAUAAUAAAUAUAUCAUCAGUGUCAAGAAAAUCUA